AAUUGCAGUAUUCUACUCUUACAUGUAUUUUUCUUUUCUUAGGAUGUCUGAUUCUUUACCAAAAGAAGAAAGAGAUGAUGAGACUUCAACUCUUUUCUUGGCAUUUAAUGUCCUCCCACUUUCUAUAUAUAUAUUCUCAUUCCAUGGUUGAAAAUGGAAACCUGAAAGACAAUAUCCUGUUCACUGCUGCUUCUCUUUCUUGAACACUGAAUCUAGGGUUUUCAAUCUCUCUCUCUCUCUCUCUCAACCUGUUUCUCUUUCAUCCUUACCUUAAACAGUGCAGAUCUGAAAGAAAAAACCCACAAAAUCUUUUGUCUGUUUUUUGCUAUUCUUGGAGCCAAUCAGCACAUCAAUCCCCUCCCCACCCCCUUUCUAUUUUUGGAAAUUAAUCCCUAUUUCUUGAUUUCAUUACUGUUUUCUUGGCAUCAAUACUAUUCUUCUGCAGCCCUUCACAAGCACGCACACACACACACAUACACAUACACACAUAUAUAUAUAUAAAUCUACACCCACCACUGUGUGUGUUGUGUAUAUACAUACACAUAUACAUACAGAAGAGAUUAGAAAUGGUGAGGGGGAAAACUGAGAUGAAAAGGAUAGAAAAUGCCACCAGCAGGCAGGUGACCUUCUCCAAGCGCAGAAGUGGGCUCUUGAAGAAGGCCUUUGAGCUCUCAGUUCUCUGUGAUGCUGAAGUUGCACUCAUAAUCUUCUCCCCCAAAGGCAGACUCUAUGAAUUCUCAAGCUCAAGUGUGAUCAACAAGACAAUAGAACGGUACCUAGCAAAUGUGAAGAAUCUAGCAAUUGGGAGAAAAACUAUGGAGGAAAAUACGCAGCAUUUGAAAGAUGAGACUGCUGAACUGCGUAAGACGAUUGAGCUCCUUGAAGAUUCUAAAAGAAGGCUCUUGGGAGAAAGUUUGGAUUCUUGCUCCGUCGAGGAGUUAGAACAGGUCGAACAACUGUUGGAACGAAGUUUGAACAACAUCAGGGCUCGGAAGAAUACAUUAUUCCAUGAGCAGAUUGAUCAGCUGAAGGAACAGGAGAAGAAAUUGAUGCAAGAAAACACAAGAUUAAGAAAAAAGUUUGAGAUGCUACCUCUGCAACUGUCUGUAAAUCUUCCAACAGUUCGGCCUCCGGCGCAAGCUAUGGAGGUGGAAACGGCAUUGUUCAUAGGUCCCCCUUCGACAACGACGAAUGGUGGUAUUUAAAUUUUCGAAGAAAAUAUGUUAAUUUUUCCUUCUUUUUGGAAAAAUAAUUAUGUAUAUGUUCUUGAAAAUAUUUAAUUUACCUUUCUUAUUGAUAUUUCAAGUAGGGUGAUGAAAGAAAUCAGCGUAACUUGAAGAGUGUGUAUAGUGUGGGAGGAGAUGUUGCGAUGUUUUUUCAUAAUGAUUAA